CUAUAUGUAUCCCUUAAUCUUUGAAAUGUUUCUCCUAUGACCAAUGACCAUACUCACCGUGAAAUACCAUAUUCAAAGAGAAGAAUAUCAAGAAUCUCAUACAUGGAUUCUUCAUAUUUCGAAUGCCCAUAUUCUCAAUUCUCUGCUGAAUCAUCUUCUUCCUAUGUUUCUCAAGAAAAUUUGUCGCUAGAAUCGUUCAAUUAUUACCAAGCCCUUCCUUUCAAUGAAAAUGAUUCUCAGGAGAUGCUUCUCCUGGGAGUCCUAAACCAAGCUCCGGUAAGCUCCUUUAAUAAUAACUCUAGAGAUGAUGAAGUAAGCUCAAAAGCUAAUGAAGGGGAGUCUACCAGGGAGGUUUCUUACAGAGGAGUUAGGAGAAGGCCUUGGGGAAAAUAUGCAGCUGAAAUAAGGGAUUCAACAAGGAAUGGUGUUAGAGUUUGGCUUGGAACCUUUGACACAGCUGAGGCUGCAGCUUUAGCCUAUGAUCAAGCAGCAUUGGCAAUGCGAGGUUCCAAGGCUAUACUCAAUUUUCCAAAGGACAAAGUCUAUGAAUCGUUUCAAGAAAUGAACUAUAGAUUUGAAGAAGGGUGUUCACCUGUUUUAACAAUGAAAAAAAGGCACUCCUUGAAGAGCAAAAUGGGGAUGAUGAAGAAGGUCAAGAAAGAUAAAAAGGAAAUUAUGAGGAUGGAAAAUGUGGUGGUGUUGGAGGAUCUAGGAACUGAUUACUUGGAAGAACUUCUUAGCAUUUCCGAGAGUUCUACUCUCUGGUAAAUUAUUUGAGAAUUCCUUCCAUUAAUCAUUCUUUGUCUAUCUUUUUCAAUAUACAAAAGCGUCAUAGUUUGAAAAUAGUACCAAGAUCUAGACUCAGGCAUCAUUUUUUAAAAAUAAUUAUAUAAAUCAACUUAAUCAAGUUUUUAAAUUAUAGUUGAGUAUG